GAGGGCUCUCUAUAGGUUACAUGGCUGCUUAAACACUGGAUGAGUAGAGAAAAAGAGUAUGACUUAUCUGAACCUUCUGUUAAAGCUAUAACUCUUCAGUGAAGUUCAGAGUUAUUCCAUAAAGUUGUUUAUCUCACUAAAUUGUUUUAAAAAGUCAAGGAGAAAGAUGCAGAAUAAUACCACAUUUUUAUAGUACCAUAUAAUAUUUAAUUACAUUUUAGAGUAACGUUUAAAAGAAACCCGUUUAACGCGUGCAGAUAUUUGUGAUAUUUAGACUGUGCUUACAAUCAGUAUGUCAGGCGAAACAUACUACCAUCGAGGGGCGCUGUACCUAAACUUUAGGCUCAAGUGUUUGGAUGAAGAUGAAACCUACAACUUAAAAGUUAUAAAGUCAGAGAACCACAUGAGUUAUGAGGGGCAGCAGCCUACAUAAACAAACUUGAAAAACAAACGCCCAGAAAUUCCACUUUAAGUUCAAGUUUCCUGUCAUCAACUGGAUUUAUUUUUUAAAUUCUUUGGUCAUUUUCUUUAAAGCCUGUAAUUUUGGCUGAAUGCUCCAUCAGGGGGUAAGGAAAAACAAUUAUUUCUCAUUAUUAGUAAUGGCAGAGUUUUCAGGGAAAAGGUCCUUCCUAAGAAAAACGAUUUACGCGUCCGGUUCGCAGAGAAACGUGAAUGUUUCAACCCGUCCUCACAGCUGUGGGCUUACUGCUGGUCCAGAACUAAGCCUGCUCCCUUCACCUGGGUUUACUGAGAAGACUCCCUCCUUAGCAUUAAAAAUGUAUAAAAACUCGACACCCGUUUUCCUGUAACAGCGCAGAUCCUGGAGAAGCAGAAGGACCUUCCCGGCCCCAGAGAGCCGCGUGCAGGCUUCCUGCCGCAGGUGCCGCUGAUGCCUGUGGUGUGAAUGCCUGUGCAAAUGCUUUGUGAGUCGUCGGGGGCGUCUACAUGUGCUUUACGUCCAUGCUCUCAGUUAAAAGUGCUUUACUUUUUGGCAGGAACCGCCAUCUUCCAGUAAUUCGCCAAAAUGACCAACACAGAGGGAAAGAGGAGGGGCACCCGCUACAUGUUCUCUAGGCCUUUUAGAAAACACGCAGUUGUUCCUUUGGCCACAUACAUGCGAAUCCACGAGAAAGGUGACAUUGUAGAUAUCAAGGGAGUGGGCGCUGUUGAAAAAGGAAUGCCCCACAAAUGUUACCGCGGCAAAACUGGGAGAGUGUACAGGGUUACCCAGCAUGCUGUUGGCAUCACUGUAAACAAACAAGUUAAGGGCAAGAUUCUCGCCAAGAGAAUUAAUGUGCGUAUCGAGCAUAUUAAGCACUGUAAGAGCCGGGACAGCUUCCUGAAACGGGCGAAGGAAAAUGAUCAGGAAAAUAAGGAAGCCAAAGAGAAAGGCACUUGGGUUCAGCUGAAGCGCCAGCCUGCUCCGCCCAGAGAAGCACACUCCGUGAGAACCAAUGGAAAGGAGCCUGAACUGUUGGAGCCCAUUCCCCAUGAAUUCAUGGCAUGAUGGGUGUAAAGAAAAUAAAAGACCUGGACCG